CUGAAUAUUCGCCAUGUCAAAGUCUGAUCUGUGAAUUGCUGAGAGAUUAUAAAUUUUGUGUCCAUUCAAAUUCUUCUAAACCAGUAUGGUAGGACGCCAUUCUACAACCAGAAGACAGGCGGAUCUCCUUAUUUUGGUUUUACUUGUCUCUCAGAUACUACCAGUCACUUACACACAGAGUUCCGUGAUACAGACACUGCUGGUCACUGCUGCAAUCUCCCAGUUCACAUCCAACGCAGGAUUUACAGAGCUAUCCAUUCCCCAGCUCUUAGCCGUUGCAUUUGUCACGGCAGUCAUCAACCAACCUCAAACUCCCCAAACUCAGCCUGUUCUAGGUCCUCCACCCACACCGCCGUUCUACUGUGACGCUUACCCAACCUACACUUAUGACGCGUCCGUUCACGUCUGCUAUCGAACUGUCAAGGAGCCGCGUCUUAGCGUCACUAACGCAGACGCUGCGUGUAAAGCGGACGGACCUGACGCUCAACUGAUACGCAUCAGCAAUCCUGCAGUAUACAGCUUUGUUGUGUCGCAGAUUGAUCAGUUCGGCAUCAGCAACAUGUAUUUCCAGGGAAGCAGGGCCAAUAGCUGGUCCCCCUUCCUGUACGAUGACGGCACUCCAGUAACGUAUUUUAACUGGGACACGGGAGAGCCGGGUUCUAACAAUUACCUCAGGACCGACACCUCAACGAGGCUGAUGGAGACUUCCUCAGGAUCCUCUUCACGCUCUUACAUCUGCGCAGUCUAUCCCUGAACAUGUAUCUAUGACAUUGUUAUGAAAA